AUGAAACCUGUGGUUUACUCUCUUAGAGAAAAGGGCUUUUUGUCCGUCGUUUAUUUGGAUGAUUUUCUUCUCAUCGCCUCGUCAUACAACCAGUGUCUGGAAAAUAUUUAUGCGACGACGAGUUUGUUAACCUCGUUAGGUUUCUUAAUUAACUCUUCUAAAAGCGUACUCACACCGGCUAAGAUCUGCCGUUUUUUAGGCUUUAUCUUCGAUACAAGCAGUUUUUCUGUCUCGAUUCCGUUGGAUAAAAGAGCCAAACUUCUUAAAUCGACACUAACCAUCUUGAAAAAGAGAUCCUGCAAAAUCCGGUUGUUAGCAAGCUACAUUGGUUCCCUGAUUUCGGUUUGCCCAGCCGUGCAAUACGGUAUCCUGCAUACCAAGGUGCUGGAGAGAGAAAAGUUUUUGGCCUUAUCAGUCGCGGACGGAGAUUACGAAGCUGAAAUGACCCUACCACACGCAAUCAGAGAGGAUUUGCUAUGGUGGCGAGAAGUGUUUGAGGACACAGCACAGCGCAACGUUAUCAGAUCCGGUCGUUUUCAGCUUGAAAUCUUUACUGAUGCCUCGUUGACAGGUUGGGGUGCUGUCUGCAACGGAGUUCGAACACACGGGUUUUGGGCACCGGAGGAAAAACGUCACCCUAUUAAUUAUUUAGAGCUUUUGGCCGUGUUCCAUGCGUUAAGAUGCUUCGCACCGCAUUCAACAAACUGUGACAUUCUCUUACGAGUGGAUAAUAAGUCGGCUCUCUCAUACGUUAACCGGAUGGGAUCAAUCAGGUUCCCCCAUUUGUCAAACCUUGCCAGAGAAAUCUGGUGUUGGUGUGCGGAUAGAAACAUUUUCAUCUACGCGUCGUAUAUUCCCUCCGCUCAGAACGUUGAGGCGGAUGCCGAGUCGCGAGUCGUAUCAGUGGAAACGGAAUGGUCUUUAGAGCAGUCUUAUUUCGAGAAGAUACAUUCUCAUUUUGGGCCUUUCGAUAUUGACUUGUUUGCAUCAUCAAUUAAUGCAAAAUAUCCUUGCUUCGUCUCCUGGCUGCCAGAUCCUCUGGCACAGGCAGUAGACGCUUUUUCCUUAGAUUGGAGCAAAUCUUACUUUUAUGCCUUUCCGCCUUUUAUACUGAUUCUGAAAGUUAUUCGAAAAAUUAUUACAGAUAAAGCAGAAGGGGUGGUGGUCGUUCCGUGGUGGCCGACCCAACCGUGGUUCCUCUUGUUUAAUCGACUCGUCACCCACCAACCGAUUUGCUUCGAGCCAGAUAUUAAAAUGUUGACAUCACCUUUCAGAGAGAACCAUUCGGCCUGGAGAAAGAUUUCCCUGGUAGCAGCGAGAUUAUCCGCCAAGCAUUUUUAA